CAUGUAUGCACCCCGCACAGUACCAGCUCCCCGGACCUUCGGGACGUCGAGGAACAAUGGCUACGAAGAUUACCAGCCCCCUCCUCGACACAUAGAGAACUAUCGAGAUACAUCCCACUAUGGCAAUGGGGGGAAGUCCAUGAAACCUGCAGCGCCGAGCGAGCCCGAAGAGGUCGUCAUUGCCGUCAUGGGAGCCACAGGCUCUGGCAAGUCGACUUUCAUCAACAUUGUGAGCGGCUCUCACCUCGCCGUCGGCGAGGGCCUCAAGUCCUGCACAUCCAAGGUCGAGACCGUGAACACCUUCGAGCUGUUUGGGAAGCUUGUCACGCUUGUGGACACGCCUGGCUUCGACGACACAACGGUCUCGGACACGGACAUCCUCAAGAUGAUCGCAGCGUACCUUUCCAGCACGUACCAGAGCGGCUACAAGCUGAGCGGGCUCAUCUACAUGCACCGCAUCUCCGACUUCCGCGUCGGUGGCAUCUCGCGGCGAAACCUGAGCAUGUUCCGCAAGCUCUGCGGUGACGAGACGCUCAAAAACGUUGCGCUCGUCACGAACAUGUGGAGCGAAGUCACCCCCGAGCGCGGUGCCGCACGCGAGCACGAACUGCGCACAGACGACCUCCUCUUUGCGCCUGUGCUCCAGGGCGGUGCGUCGAUGCUCCGGCACGAUGGGACGGUCGCAGGCGCACAGGCCAUACUCGCGCACCUUGCAGGCAACCGCCCCCGCGUACUACGCAUCCAGCGGGAGCUCGUCGACGAGGGUAAGGACAUCACAGAGACAGCGGCGGGUGUUGAGCUCGACCGCGAGCUCGCGGCGAUGCGGAAGAAGCACAUCGAACAGCUCGCGGAGAUUCAGCAGGAGAUGGAGCAAGCGCUGGCAGAGAAAGACGAGCUAACGAGGAAGGAACUCGAGCAGGUUCGAGGCGAGCUGCUGCAGAACAUCGAGAAGAUCGAGAGCGACCGCGACCGGCUGUCGAAGGAGUAUGCCCAAGAGAAAGCCAAGGCGGACGAGCGCGUGCGCCAGAUCCAGGAAGAUCUCGAGGCGGAGAAGGCGGCGAGAGAAGAGAGACAGCAAGAGAUUGCGCGGCUGGCUAGCGAGAUGGAGAACAACCGCAACUUGCACGCGAGAGAGCGGGAGAACAUGCAACGUCAGAUGGAGGAUCUCAAGAGGCGUUCCCGUCGUCGUGGGCUGUUCUCUAUGGUUGGUGGGGCUAUUGAUUCUCUCUUCGGUCUCUAAGCCUGCUGUUCCUGAACGUAUUUUUGUUAUAUCUUCUUUUUCUUUUUCUUACGAGGCGACCGUAUCACAAGCUCUGUCAUAGUACCCGAGAGUGUAUAUU